AUGACAAACCCAAACAAUCUUGAAAACUAUCGUGGUUUUCAUGCCAAUAGGAGGCCAAAUAACAGUAGCAAUGUGCCCCCAUUGCUUCAUCCUAUAAAACCCAAAUUCAAGAAAAAGAGCAGUUCGUUGUUCAACAAAUUGAUAUAUUCUAGAAAAGAGAGCGGCGGGGAUGAGGAAGAGCAACAAGAUGAUGAUGACGACUCCAAGAAGGAGCAUCUAUUAUCCUCAUCAGAUGCCUCAGUCUCUCCAACCCAGUCUGGCCAGUCUUCACGUGCCAAUUCGAUUGCAUCAGAUGAGCAACUAAUUCAACAGGACCACCAACCAAAACGCAAAAGCAAUUCAUCUGCGUCUUCAAGUCACUCGAAGCAUAAGUUUAGACUCCCAUCACUAUCGUUGGAUUAUCAUCCGCAUCAUGUCUCUUCUGUACUGCCAAACCUGUUACAGAUGUCUCAACUAGACCAUCCAGUGACUCCAUUGAAACCAAGACACGAUGUGUAUUCAACACCUUCGCCAUCUGAAGUAUCACAAAGGGAACAAUCUGUGUCAUCAUUACAUUCUUUGGGCCCCACAGAUAAAAUGAUGUCCUUAGAUUUAAAUUUGGAUGAGAUGAGAGACAUUGUGAAAACUGAUGAGACUGCGGCACCUAAGCAAAAUUGGAAGGCACCAGAUAGUUGGGAUGUGAAAGCUUCAAAAAUAGAGGAAUUACCGGAGGAGUUUGCUGAGCCCGAUUUUGUGGAGAAACUGUUGCCAGUGCUUUAUGGUACAAGACAAGGAUCACAUGUGUCGAAGUCAAUGGACCCACAUCCUAGUCACAUUAUUCGAAUAUUUAAAGAAGAUAACACAUUUACAACUAUAUUGUGCCCAUUAGAAACAACAACUACCGAGCUUUUAGCAAUUGUGCAGAAAAAGUUCUUUUUAGAAUCGGCAUCAAAUUAUCAGUUGUCGGUGCACAUUGGAAACUGCGUCAAGGUUUUGGAAAGUUUCGAAAAACCAAUCAAGAUUCAAACGGGGUUGCUUCUUUUGAGUGGAUACACCGAGGACGAUAACUUGAGGAUCAUUGGAAGGGGAGACAUGUCAUUUGUGUGCAAAUUUGUGGUGGAGAAUGUAUACCUUAGAAGCUUGACACAUGAGGAAGAGGCGUUACUAUCGAAAAAUUAUGUCGAUGUGAACAUAUCCUCUCUAAACCUUAAAAAUAUUCCCAUUAUAUUCCACCAGCACACUUAUGAAAUUGAAAAGUUGAAUGUUUCAGAAAACCCCUCAAUUUACAUACCAUUAGAUUUUAUUCAGUCCUGUACUAAUUUGACGAGUGUCAACUUUUCGCGAAAUGGAUGUUCGAAAUUUCCCACCAAUCUUCUUGAAGCAACUGGGCUUACCCAUUUGAAUCUCGAGAUGAAUUUUUUGGAUGACUUGCCGGUGAAGAUCAAUACCCUUGACAAUUUGACUCAUUUGAAGCUCAAUUCGAAUCAGUUGUCACUGCUUCCGAAAUCUUUUGGUGAACUUAAAAACUUGGUGUAUCUCAAUUUGUCGUCAAACUACUUCAUCAACUACCCAGAACCAGUCAAUGAUUUGGAUAAAUUGAUUGAGUUGGACUUGUCAUACAACGAUCUUUCAUACUUACCGGAAUCGAUGGUGAAUUUAAAAAGCUUACAGAAAUUGAAUUUGUGCACAAACAAACUUGAUAAAGCCCUACCCUUCUUUCUUGCGGGACUUCAGUCAUUAAAGAGAUUGGAUAUUCGUUACAACCAGAUAGCAAAUGUAGAUGUAUUAGGAGAGUUGCCAAACCUUGAAGUUUUGUAUGCAUCCAGAAAUGCGAUAUCAGCAUUCUGCGAUCAAAUGGAGAAUCUAAGGCUUCUCCACUUUGAUAAAAAUCCAAUCACAGAGUUAAAAUUCAUCAACCAAUUACAAAUGCUCAACAUUUUAGACUUAUCAAAGGCAAAGAUCACUGCUAUACCUGCAGAAUUUGUGGUUAAGAUCCCCAACAUUGAAAAAUUGGUUCUUGACAAAAACCAUUUGGUGACACUCCCACAAGAAUUAGGUCAAUUGACGAGGUUAUCCUAUCUAUCCAUCUACUCAAAUAACUUGCAAUCAGUACCAACCUCAAUAGGGAACCUAGCUAAUUUACAAUACUUGAACCUACACUCCAAUAGCAUCCAAACCUUGCCGGACGAGAUUUGGAAUUUGAGAUCUUUGGCAGUAUUGAAUGUGGCUAGUAAUAACCUUACAUCAUUCCCUAAGCCACCUUUUGCCAUUGCAAAGAGAAUAUCCUCGUCGAACGAUUUUGGGGAGUUACCAGCAUCAGAAUCCAUCGCCGAUACCUUAUCCGUGCUAACAAUAUCGGAUAAUAGGCUAAACGAUGACUGCUUUGACGCAAUUUCUUUCUUAGUUGGUUUGAAAUCAUUAAACAUGUCGUAUAACGAUUUGAUUGAGAUUCCAGAAGGGUCAAUCUCUAGAAUGAGACGAUUGAAUGAGUUGUACUUAUCUGGUAACGACUUGACAACACUUCCUGCAGAUGAUCUAGAACAAUUGAAGGCAUUAAAGCUUCUUUACAUCAAUAACAACAAAUUGGUAUCACUUCCGGCAGAAUUGAGCAAGUUAACUAAUUUGCAGCAUUUAGAUGUGGGAUCAAAUCAGCUCAAGUACAACAUCUCCAACUGGCCAUACGACUGGAACUGGCAUUGGAAUAAGAACUUAAAGUACUUGAACUUUUCAGGGAACAAGAGAUUUGAAAUCAAGCAAAGUCAUGUCAAGAAUCCAGAGACCGGUGAGGAUUUUGAUAGUUUGUUAGUUUUAGACCAAUUGAAAGUGUUGGGUUUGAUUGAUGUCACUUUGACAACGACUUCUGUACCAGAACAAUCAGUCGACAAGAGGAUAAGAACAACAGCAUCCGAGUUGGACAAUAUUGGAUAUGGUGUGAGUGAUACUAUGGGCCAAAGAGACUACAUAUCGAAUCGAGAUUUGUUUAUACAAAAAUUCAGAGGCAAUGAAGAUGAAGUACUUAUUUGCUCAUUCGAUGGUAAGCAUGGAGCGCCAAAUCAGGGCCAUAGGAUUUCUCUAAUUGCACGAAAUAUGAUCACAAAGAGUGUCACUGAUGAGUUGACCAAGAUUAAUGAUGACCCAGACAAGGUUUACAUUGCCCUCAGAAGAGCGUUUUUGUCAUUUAACAAAGAAAUUAAUGGAAUUUUGUUGGCGAAAAAGAGCCAUACAUUCACGCCUGGUCCACAAUACUCCAAAGAACAAAGCGAGCUAAACUUGAUUGAUGACUCAAGAAGUGGUGCAUCUGCGACUGUCAUCUACAUCAGAAAUAAGAAGCUUUAUUGCGCAAACAUUGGAGAUAUCGAGACUUUGCUUUGUCAAAAUAAUGGUAACUUCCGCGUAUUGACCAAUGCUCAUAAACCAACGAAUCGUGAAGAGUUUGAAAGAAUCCGGGCCUCUGGUGGUUAUGUUUCUGGAAGCGGUGACUUGGACGGAGAUUUGCCCGUGUCUCGUGGCGCAGGUUACUUUUCCUACUUACCUCAUACCCAUUCUGGCCCUGAUGUAAGUGAGUUGACGUUGACAUCUGCUGAUGACUUGUUGGUUAUUGCCACGAAAGUAUUAUGGGACUAUAUUUCUUACGAGCUAGCUGUGGACAUCAUACGUCAAGAAAAGAAUGACCCAAUGGUUGCUGCCCAGAAAUUGCGUGACUUUGCUAUCUGCUAUGGGGCCUCGGAUAAAAUAACAGUGAUAGUAUUGACAUUUGGUGAGAAAACAAAACUGAAUGCCUUGUAUAACAAUCUUGGCCGUGAAUCUGACUUUUUCAAGAGAAGAAGAGAUAGACAAAUUGGAGGUGAUUCAACCCUUCGUAGAUUGGAAAGCGAAAUUGAACCACCAGUCGGUGAAUUGGCAUUGGUGUUUACCGAUAUCAAGAAUUCAACCUUACUUUGGGACUCAUACCCAGCACCAAUGAGGUCUGCCAUUAAAACUCACAACUCGAUCAUGAGACGUCAAUUGAGAAUAGUGGGUGGUUACGAGGUCAAAACAGAAGGUGAUGCAUUUAUGGUUGCAUUUCCUUCACCCACAUCGGCUCUCUUAUGGUGCUUCAACGUGCAACAAAAUUUGCUAACCGCCGAUUGGCCUACAGAGAUUCUUGAAACAGACCAAUGUUGCGAAGUUACUGAUGGAGCAGGAAAUGUGAUAUACCGUGGAUUGUCAGUGCGUAUGGGAAUACAUUGGGGCUCACCUGUAUGUGAACCCGAUGUUGUUACUGGAAGAAUGGACUAUUUUGGCCCUAUGGUGAAUAGGGCUUCUCGUAUUAGUGCAAUUGCUGACGGUGGUCAAAUUGCUGUAAGUUCAAAUUUUCUCGAUGAAAUGAGAGCAUUAACCGCUAUCCAUGAUGAUAUAAAGAACAACACCAAGACCAUUAGUGAUGCAUAUCAAGGAAAUAUCAAUGCUGGUAUUAUCAUCGAAAGGGAAUUGACUGCCAUUGAGGAGCUUGGAUCCAACUAUUACAAGAUUGGAGAGAGGAAGCUAAAGGGGUUGGAAACUCCAGAAUUGAUCACCUUGGUGUACUCAACCAGACUAAAGUUGAGGUUUGAGAUUUUUCAAAAGAGAUUGGAUGCAGAUGAAAAGCACAGUACUAGAGUGAUUGGCACGAUACCGAUCGAGUGCAUCACCGCGAUUAAUAACAUCUCACUACGUUUGGAAAACUUGUUGUCGUUUAUGAAUGGAGGCACCUACAUCAAAGAGGGAUUCAAACAAAAUCAGAGAUUAGUUGAUCCCAAUGUACAAGAAUUGUUGAAUUCGGUGACGAGAAUAGAAAACUCGGUAGCUACAUUGUAUUUAAGGCAAAUGAUGGAGCAGAAUAGUAACAAAACAUUCAGCAUGAGUCCGUUAACACAAGUAUUGGAUGAGUUAUCUGAAAUUAUGAAACGCGUACAGGGUACAUAG